ACAGUCACGUGCGCUGUGAGGAGCUCUCUCCUAGUUUACCCCCCUCACUCCCCAACAACUAGUCCGAGAAAGUGGAAAAAGAUGGACGGGGUCAAAGAAGAGGAGGAAGACAGCAGUUUUACCAGUAUUUCACUGACAGACGAUUCAGACCAUUCAGGAGUACUGCACUCAAGAUCAGAAAACUCACCAUCUAUGAUGAUGAAUGCUGACAUGGAUGCUGUUGAGGCUGAAAAUCAGGUGGAACUGGAAGAGAAAACACGGCUUAUUAAUCAGGUGUUGGAACUUCAGCACACACUUGAAGAUCUCUCUGCCAGAGUAGAUGCAGUUAAGGAAGAAAACCUGAAGCUGAAGUCAGAAAACCAAGUUCUUGGACAAUAUAUAGAAAACCUUAUGUCCGCUUCUAGUGUUUUCCAGACAACUGACACCAAAAGCAAAAGAAAGUAAGGGGUCGGUCCCUCCCUUGCUUCAAGGUAUUGCUGCUAUUUUUUGGUUGAGGUUUUUCUUUUAAUAUGCAUCGGCUACACAAGUUCCAAAUGUCUUAGUUUGUGGCUUCAUUAAAUAUUCAUGGAGAUAAUGGCAGUUGUAGGCAGAGUUAAGAGCACUAACCUAUCUGAGGACAUCAGUGAAUUUGUGUUUUAUGUUAAUCUUUGGAAAAAUGUGCAGAUGUAUUGUGGAGACUUUAUAAUUAGAUUCCAUAGAUUUGUUUAAGGUUAAGCUAGUGUCUGACAUGGCCGGGUUCACUCUGAAAAAGGCUAAGUUUGGGGAGUGUUAAUGAAAUGCGUAUUGUGAAAAUUCCUGAACCAUGUUCUGAAUGUGUAGUUUUUAAUCUGGCUUGCGCCCGCUCCAUGUGGCUCCAUCUCCCUUCCUUCCUCUUACCACCUCUCCACGUGACAGGGAAUGUUUAACAGACUUCUGUCUCCCACUUGCAAAUUAUGUUAUAAAUAUGAGAGGCCAGGAUGAGAAUUUUCAUAACAUCCAAUUCUAAGUUGGGCUUGUUGGCUUGCCCCUGGCAAACUGAAAAAAAAACUAUAUAAAAAAACCCCAAAACUGGCAAUGCUGAACUUCUUUUAUUUAGAAAAAUAAUUUCCAGUUUACUUUUCCAAAACUCUACUCUGCCCCUAUCAUUAAGAAUUUUUAACUUAAAAGGUCAGUUCAAGUUUUUUUAGAGGUAGAAAAGGAAUUAACCCAAAGAACCACGCAGGCAGAUAUAAGCACCGAUAAGCGAGCGUGUCUCCAGUCAUUUUCCCUCUCUGAACACACGUCGAUCCUCUUCUGUUGUCUGUGGAUUCUCACUCAUGGACAUCAGGGAAUGUUACGUGGGAGAGAGUCGAUGGAAAAGGGUCACUUACUCCAAAGGAAGUCUUUCGUCAAGAUAUCAGAGCCCGUUCAGAAAUCAUUAGAGCAAGUGCUCCAGUGCACAGAACAGGAGCAGUGUGUGCAAAACCCAUUAGGGUGUAUAUGAAAAUCGUGCAAAGAAGGGGCAGUUUUUACCUACGGUGCAAGUUGACCGUCUUUAUCAGUAUUUGAAUUGAACAAACCUCCCAAAAGCUGAUCCAGGGAUUUGGAUUGCAGGAUGGUGGGAGAUGCCUUUUUUGCUAAAUGAGUAUUUUUAAUCAAAUCUCAAUUUUGAGAGUUAACGUCAAAACGUGUCGGCCGCCCAGGGAGCAAGAGGGUCCGCCGCUGCCCAGGAGGGGGUAUGGCUUGUAGCUAUUAAGCCACGAGCCACUUUUAACCAAGAAGCACUCUUAACGUUUGUUUUGUAUAGAUGGAAGAUUGAAUAAAGUGAUUUAGCUGUGUAUAUAAAUAUAUAAAGUAGUCAGGACUGAAAACACUUUGCAUCGUGAUCUUUGGACUUAAUUUAUGAACGUUUAAAAGUGGUUGCAGUUUGAAAUUCCAGUUAUUAAAAUUUUUUUUUUUGGAUUUUG